GAGGGCGGUGUGAAAAAUAGAUUUAGGAAGGGCGGUGUUAUGUUUUAGGUAGUGUAACACUGACUAGUUGGAGUUGAAAAUGAUAUUAUUAGAGAUAAACAAUAGGAUUGUCGAAGAUAUACUACGACUUAAAUUCAAAAAUGCAUUAGCUGGAAAUAAGCCUGAAUCUGUAGAUGUGACAGUUGCUGAUUUUGAUGGUGUUUUAUUCCAUAUUUCUAAUGUGAAUGGAGACAAGACCAAAGUCAGAGUGAGUAUUUCACUAAAGUUUUACAGAGAACUUCAAGAACAUGGAGCAGAUGAGGUAAGAAAAUAUUAA